AUGGGAUAUUAUCUUGCCGAUGGUAUAUACCCACAAUGGUCAACAUUUGUAAAAACAAUCUCAGCCCCACUAGGAGCGAAGAAGAAACAUUUUGCUGCAGCACAAGAGUCUGCAAGAAAGGAUGUAGAGCAUGCAUUUGGAGUGUUGCAAGCACGAUUUGCAAUUGUGCGUCAGCCUGCACGAUGUUACAAAAUACCUGAGCUCAAACAAAUUAUGAAAGCAUGCAUAAUUCACCAUAACAUGAUUAUUGAAGAUGAAAGAGAUGAACAAGACACUUUGGACUUCGAUUAUGAACAACAUGGAAAUCCUCCUGAGCCAGUGUCACACAAUGAAACAGAUAUGCUUUCGAAGUUUAUUUGUAAUCGUCAACAUAUUAGAGACCAAGGAAAUCAUUGUCAACUCCAAUCGAACCUCGUUGAGCACUUAUGGCAACUACAUGGCCAAUCGUAG